GUCUUGUUGAAAACAAAAAUAAAGUUCGUAAAUAUAUAAGUCGAAGAUUUACUAAUUUUGUGUAGAGAGUUCUUAUUGUUCCAUCCUUGCAAGUGCAUUGAUGUUCAAAAUCUCGAACAAGGAAGUCAAGAGGGGAAGCAUGAAGAUGAGCCUGACGGCAGAUGAAUCCCGAACUCUCUACUCCUUGCUAGCAGGAGGAGAUCACCGCUCCUUUACGGAUAUCGUCGCCGAUUUUACCUCCAAGAUCCCUCGCACUCGUCAAUUUGUUGCCUGUUAUUCACUCGUUAUUCUGUUGGAGCCCAAGAAGUUGCUCCGUGCCACACAACGUUUAGUGGGAUUUUCCAUUCUUCACCAGACAUAUUCCUCGCAGAAGUCAUCUUUUAAUCCAUUUAUAUCUUUUAUUGUAAAUGCUGCUUCUGACGAGGAAGCUGAAAAAUAUGAGAGGGCAUUUGUUUUCCAGCUUUUAGCAACAGACAGCUCCAGUGGUGGCAAAGAGAACGCAUUGGAGAAGCCAAUGUCACACAAGUUGUUACAGAUAGUGCCUCAACAAAUGUUAUGGCAGGCAAGAAUGCAAAGGAGAUUGUUCGAAGCAAAACUACCACAAUUAAUUUGGUCUCCAUGUGCUGCUCAUUGCAUGGAUUUGAUGUUGGAGGAUAUAUACAAGUUCCCACAUAUUCGUAAAACGCUGAAAAGAGGCAUGGAGUUCCUGAAACAGACUGCUUCAGAUUACAUUAAAGGUUUCGACCCUUCAUUGCAUGCUUUCCCUCAGCUAGAGCAAUUGCAGCAACAGUUUUGUGAUAAAGUUCAAGCGCAAUCGUUUGAUUGCUUUUUGAAAGAUUGUUCUGUGAGAAGUGUGGUGCCAGAUCCUGAUGUCCCACUGGGUUGUGAUUCAAACUCCACAGAGUUCGACCUGCUACCUGGAGUGGUGCCUAAAGUGGGAUCUGGAGAGAGAGAUAAGACAUUGCUGGGGUUACUGUCCAAUUUGUCACUUCAGGGAUCAAGUCCUGAGUGGAUUCGGCCUCUUCCACCAAGGCUUCCGAUACAGAAUGGAGAGUUAGUUUGGUUGAACCUUGACGAUCAUCGUGAACUUUUAUGGGAUCAUAGAAUGUGUGUUGACACUAGUAGAGGUGCAGCUGUGAGGGACUUAAUUGCAAAAGCUCUGAAGGGACCUCUUAUUCCUGCGCAACAAGAGCAAGUGGUGGUGGAGUUGGCAAAUGACCCAAAGCUUGUAUAUCAUUGUGGACUGACACCCCGAAAGCUUCCUGAACUGGUGGAAAACAAUCCUCUUAUUGCAGUUGAAGUUCUAAAGAAAUUGAUUAAUUCCCCUGAAAUUGCAGAGUACUUUACUGUACUAGUUAACAUGGACAUGAGUUUACACUCUAUGGAAGUUGUCAACAGGCUAACGACAGCGGUUGAACUUCCCUCUGAGUUCAUACACAUGUACAUCACUAAUUGUAUAUCAUCGUGUGAGGGCAUUAAAGAUAAGUACAUGCAGAACAGAUUAGUUCGACUUGUAUGUGUUUUUCUACAGAGUCUAAUUCGAAAUAACAUCAUCAAUGUCAAAGAUCUUUUCAUCGAAGUUCAAGCUUUCUGCAUCGAAUUCUCUCGGAUUAGAGAAGCGGCGGCAUUAUUCAGGCUUCUUAAAUCUUUGGAAUGAGUGAAAGUACUUGAUACAUCUCAACCAAAGCCGUCCUUUGUAAAUAGCAAUUGUUAGCAUUUUUUACUCAAGUCUUAGGCCCUUUCCCCCUUCUUUGUCUGUCUGUGUCUAUGGUUUAGCGGAUAUUUGACUAAAUAUAUAUUAAGCUUACCCCAUUUCUCAUUUACUUUUUAUUAUGGAUUUUUAUGUAUUGUUUUUCCUGGCCAUUGCUUUGGAAACCCAUCAGAAUGGUGGUUUCAGGUUAGGUCUAUGGCUUUCUCCAACUCAUUGCUGCCCUUUGUGUGCAAAAAAGCGUAGGGAUCCAAAUAAUCCACUGUAUUUUUUUACGCAAUGUCUCAAUUAGGGCUACUUUACUCAGGUGAUAGAUAAUAAAUUAAUGGUAGUUUGAAAA